UGUAAUAUUUAAAAUAAGAAAAAGUUUUAAAACAUUUGAAAAUUCAUUUGAGUAAUUCAAAUAAAGUUAUCAAUGGACAAACCUCAAAAAAUGCCCAAAGUGGCAAAGGUCAAAAAUAAAGCUCCAGCAGAAAUUCAAAUUACUGCAGAACAACUUCUUCGUGAAGCUAAAGAACGUGAUCUAGAAAUUCUACCACCGCCUCCAAAACAAAAAAUUUCUGAUCCUCAUGAAUUAGCUGAUUAUCAACAUCGUAAACGAAAGACAUUUGAAGAUUCGAUUAGAAAGAACCGAUUAUCUAUCGCAACUUGGAUUAAAUAUGCACAUUGGGAAGAAAGUCAAAAACAAAUUGAAAGAUCAAGAUCAAUUUAUGAACGAUCUUUAGAUGUAGAUCACAGAAAUGUAGUAUUAUGGUUAAAAUAUACUGAAAUGGAGAUGCGAAAUCGACAAAUAAAUCAUGCCAGAAACUUAUGGGAUAGAGCAGUAACAAUACUUCCGAGAGUAAAUCAAUUUUGGUACAAAUACACAUACAUGGAGGAAAUGUUAGAAAAUAUAGCUGGAGCAAGACAAGUAUUUGAGAGAUGGAUGGAAUGGGAACCACAUGAACAAGGAUGGCAAACAUAUAUUAAUUUUGAAUUACGAUAUAAAGAACUUGAAAGAGCUCGUCAAAUUUAUGAACGAUUUGUUAUGGUUCAUCCUGAAAUAAUGCAUUGGAUAAAGUACGCUAAAUUUGAAGAAUCUCAUGGCUAUAUAAAUGGAGCUAGAAAAGUAUAUGAAAGAGCAGUAACAUUUUUUGGUGAUGAAAACUUAGAAGAAAGGUUAAUAAUAGCUUUUGCAAAAUUUGAGGAAGGACAGCGAGAACAUGAUAGAGCUAGAGUUAUAUACAAGUAUGCUUUGAAUCACAUUCCAAAAGAAAAAACACAAGAUAUUUACAAAGCUUACACAAUACAUGAAAAAAAAUAUGGUGACCGUUUUGGUAUUGAAAAUGUAAUUGUAAGUAAGAGAAAAUAUCAAUAUGAGCAAGAAGUCAAAGAAAAUCCAUCAAAUUAUGAUGCAUGGUUUGAUUAUUUAAGAUUAGUAGAAUCAGAUGGAAAUAUUGAUAUUAUAAGAGAAACUUAUGAACGAGCAAUAGCAAAUGUACCACCAACAAAGGAUAAAGAAUUUUGGCGAAGGUAUAUCUAUCUUUGGAUAAAUUAUGCCUUAUUUGAAGAACUUCAAGUAGCAGAUGUAGAAAGAUGUCGCCAAGUUUAUAAAGUAUGUUUAGAAUUAAUACCACAUAAAUCUUUCACAUUUUCAAAAAUUUGGCUGUAUUAUGCUCAAUUUGAAAUCAGACACAAAAAUCUUUCUAUUGCCAGAAAAACAUUGGGUAUGGCUCUUGGAAUUUGUCCAAGAGAUAAGUUAUAUCGUGGUUAUAUUGAUUUAGAAAUUCAACUACGUGAGUUUGAUAGAUGUAGAAUUUUAUAUAAAAAAUUUCUCGAAUUAGGUCCAGAAAAUUGCACAACAUGGUUAAAAUUUGCAGAAUUAGAAGCAUCUUUAGGUGACAUGGAGAGAGCUAGAGCGAUUUAUGAAUUAGCGAUAAAUCAACCGAGAUUAGAUAUGCCAGAAGUUUUAUGGAAAGCAUAUAUUGAUUUUGAAAUAUCACAGGAUGAACCAGAGAAAGCAAGAUAUCUGUAUGAAAGAUUGCUGGAACGGACGUUACAUGUGAAGGUUUGGAUAGCAUUUGCUAAAUUUGAAAUGACUAAUACCGCACCUAACGAAGGAAUUAUUAAUAUUAACUUGGCUAGACGAAUUUAUGAAAGAGGAAAUGACUCGUUGAAAUCUAAUGGUGAUAAAGAAAGCAGAGUAUUGCUCUUAGAAUCAUGGAGAGAUUUUGAAAAUGAAUUUGGCGAUGAAGAAAAUCGGGCCAAAAUUGUCACUAAGAUGCCUCGAAGAAUUAAACAGAGGAAACGAUUAGUUACUGAAAAUGGAAAUGACGUUGGCUGGGAAGAAGUAUUCGAAUUUGUCUUUCCAGAAGAUGAACAAAGUAAACCUAAUCUUAAAAUUCUUGCUUCAGUUGAAGCGUGGAUUAAACAAAAAGCUUUGAAUGAAGAAAAAUUAAAAGAAAAGGAAAAACAAAGAGAAAAUAUAUUUCCGAAACCAUGUUGCAGUAAAACUAAAAAUUAA